UAUUCAGGUGCAACUGCUGCAGAUCAAACUCUCAUUGGGCCUCCAGUUGUUCAUCUGAUCUCUCCUCCGCCAUUUUACUGCACUAUACUGCAGGAAACACUGGCUAAAACACCGACUCAACUCCCGCGCCUCACACACACAUGAUCCGGAUCCCCGAUGCCGAGGCUUUAGCGCCGGUGUGAGGAGAGAUUGGCCUGGGUUUGGACCGAUCCUGCGCCCGAUCAGAGAUGGAGGCCAUCUAUGGGGAGAUGGAGGUGGAGAGCUGCUACACGCUUCUGGAACUUCCUUCACCCAAGAAGAAACGCAAGAGCAAAGGCAGCGUGGAGAACUCGGACAAACCCAAGAAGCCCAGGUCGGCGUAUCUGCUGUAUUACUUUGAUGUGCAUCAGAGCGUCCAGCAGGAGCAUCCGGACAUGCCGCAGUCUGAGAUCAACAAAUGCAUCAGCGACAGCUGGAAGAGGCUGAACGUGGCGGAUCGAGGUUAUUACCUGGAGAGAGCGCGCAUGGAGAAAGAUGGCAUCGACCCGAGCAGCCAAUCAGCAGCCGCAUCCUCUCAGGACGUCCCUGGAUUCCGCAAGAUCCUCCCGAGGGCGAAUUAUGUGCUCCUGCCGAAGAGUUCAGCGGGAAGCGAGCGGGUCGAGGGAGAUGGUGAGAUGGACGCGCUGGUGGAAGGGGCCGUGCAUACAGCCCCUCGGGCCCCGGCGCAGGAGACGCUGGUGUCCCCCAUGACUCUGGGCAGUGAGGUGGAGCUGACGGAGCAGUGCAUCGCCAUCGAGGCACUCAGUGAGGACACACCGUCCCAGAACACUACUGAAAGACUGCCUGUUCUCGGCCAGGAUGCUCACAAAGCCGCCCCUCUGCUCGUGAAGAGGGAGGAGUCUCGAGUGUUGUAUGGUGAUGUUGGCAUGGCGAUAGAGAAUGGGAUGGAGGGCGGGGCUUUGAUGCCGCAGAUCAAAGCAGAUGCCACUCAUCUAGUUGCCAUAAUACCCAAUCAGGGUCUCGUGGAGAAUAAAGUGAUUAACACGGCCAGUCCAAUAAUGAUGUUUCCAUUAGUGAGCAGUGUGAAACCAGAACCCAAACCCUCAUUUAAACUGCCCAUCAAAUACACACGGCGAGGGCGAGGCAACUGCACCACACCCGGGUGUGUGUUUUCAUACGUUACCCGUCACAAACCACCCCAGUGCCCUGACUGCGGACAACACCUUGGAGGGAAAUGGGUGGCACCUGGUAAGAAAAGCUCGGUCAAAACGUCUGACCCGUCUUCAGGAAAACCGUGUGACGACUCUAAACCUCAUCCAUCAGACACUAAUGAGACGUUGUCAAAAGACACAGAAGAGCAGACGACAGCUUCCGUUAUUACUCAGAAAACCUCUUCCGAUAAAGCUCAGGAUGGCGUGACUGCGGCUGCUCGCAGGGCGGCCCGUAAAAAGAGAGAGCGGGUGAAUGCAGCGUCAGCCCAACAAACAUCUGAUGGAGCCGCUGUCAAAACAUCUGAUGGAGCGCAGAGCACUGAAUGCACAGCUGUGCUAUCAUUGGGUGGUGGUCAUAUCCAGGUUGUCACCAGAGAAAAAGCUAGUAGUGCUUUACAGAAACGCCGGAUACGAGCCAUUCUUCCAGCUCCUGCACAGAAUAAUGCGGCAGCUCAGUCUGCAGUGGUGCAGUGGAUCACGGUUCCUCCUGAUAAAGUCAAAUCAGAUGCUGCUGUCAUCAAAGCUGAGAAACCAUCAGCCAGUGAACACAUCGCAGGACUGAAACCCAGCACCCUCAAACAGCUGGGUCACAUGAUCACACCCAGUGCCUUACAACAGAAGUCCAUAACGGUCAGCAGUAACCAGUACAUCAUCACAGACAACGGCGUCAAGAUCCUCUCCAUGCUGCCCUUCAAGAAGACAGCUGGAUCCUCCCUAGCUCUGGGUUUGUCUACAGCGAGAGGUCGCGGUCGAUGUAAGAAUCCCGCGUGUGAUUACGUCUAUAAGAACAGACACAAACCUCAGCGCUGUCCGACCUGUGGCUGUGAACUCACCAAUAAACCUACCAAGAAGAACAAACUCACACCGUCCUCUGAGGAUGUGUGCUCUUCUGCGGUUCUGUCAGACACAUCUCAGCCUCUGAGCGGCGUUCAGAAAGAGCAGCAGCGUCACUCCACCGUCAGUCUGCUGCGCUCCUGUCUGCAGUUCCCCGAGAGCGAGAGCGAGUUGCAGGACGUCUUCAGCCUCAUACAACAGCUCAACGGCCAGCAGAAGCACACCGAGGAGAGCAGCGGCUGGCCGAGCUUCUAUGAGACAGCGGCCACACACUGCAGUCUGUGUCAAUACCCGCUGCUCAAAGGAGACCAGAGUUCGCUUGCUGGUUUGGAGGAAUGCUGGUUGUUGACGGAGCGCUUGAUUCGUCCCGUCACUCUGCAGCUGAAAGUCUGUACGAAUCUUCAGUGUCUGGCCAUGCACAGUUUCACAGACCUGCACCCAGGUCUGUUUAACGUGGGUAAUAAGCUGCUGGUGACGCUGGAUUUGUUCUUUAAGAUGAGACAUCAGAUCAGACUGGGUGAUGAACCCGCACACGCCGCUCUCAGUGUUAUCAAACACUCACUGACUCUCACAGACGGCUCGUUGAGCUCGGAUCAGCUGUCGCGUGUUCAGGAGCUGUUCUGCAGCGGUUACUGGGCGUUUGAGUGUCUGACGGUUCGAGACUAUAACGACAUGAUCUGUGGCGUGUGCGGCAUCGCUCCCAAACUGGAGAUCGCACAGCGCAACCCCAACAAUGCGUUACUGCUCAAAAACGUGGAGUUCACGUGGCCUGAUUUCCAGGCCACAGAUGAGGUUCACGUUGACGAGUUUUGGCUGACGAUGGAGAACGAGGCGCUGGAACAGGCGGUGUUUCCCUCCAGCUUUCCCAUCACACGCUUUGACGCCUCCAUCAUCGCCCCGUUCAUCCCUCCUCUCAUGAGAAACACCACCGUCAUCAACACAGAGAAAGACAAAAUCACAUCUGACGCGCAGCUCAGAGGGGACCCAUCUGUGCUGGUGCGUCUGAUCCAUGAGGGUCGUCUGAUUCCUGAUCAGAUGGAUCUGCACAGUGAAGAGGAGCUCAGAGAUGUGCUGGAGAAGUGUGGGAUUCCUGCUGCCACACACAGUGAUAAAGACGAGCUGCUGGCGUCUGUAUCUUUGUUGUAUUCACACACACAGAGCGGCCUGUGGACGGCGCAGCAGCCCAGCGCGCUCCUGACGGCAGGCAGACUCAGUAAAGUCUGUCCUCAUCAGGUUGUCUGUGGAUCCAAGUAUAUCGUCCGCAGAGAAAGCACUCGGGAUCAUCUGGACCUGCUGGUUUCGUCCCGGUUUUGGCCGCCGGUGUACGUGGCGGAUUGUGCCCAGAAGGUGGCGCUCUGCACUGAUGUAUUAUAUCCUGAACUGGCUUCACAGAUGUGGGGGAAAAAUCAGGGAUGUUUCUCUGACCCUACAACACCACCACAGUAUGUCUCAUGCUCGGAGCUUCAGGACCAGCCGUACAGUUUGGAUCUGACAGUGACUGAGUCCAACCCUCAUCUGCACCCGCUCACCAAAUCCGUCUCUCGCUGGAUAGUGCGACCCGACAGACCGAACGCCCUCCACGACGCCCAUCACGCCAUCAGCCUCUGCAAAGAGCUGGAGCCAUACACUGGCGCCAUCGCAGAGAUCUGUGACCAACCCCAGUGUGAAAGCAGCAUCGGUGACAGCAGCGUGACGACACUUCGGCAGAAAGCUCUCGUGUUCGAUAACGCUGCGUAUUACUACCUCUAUAACCGCCUGCUGGACUUCCUGAGCAGCAGAGACAUCGUGAACCAGCAAAUCGCGGAGGUGCUGAGCGCCUGUCAGCCGGGGGAGGUGGUGAUGAUCAGAGACGCCCUCUACAGACUGGGAGUCGCUCAGAUCAACACGGACCCGCAGGAGGUGGAGGAGGAAGCAGCUGACGGAGGACUGGACAAACACUCGGACGGAGUCGUGUUUGAGGAGGUGAUGCUCUUCUGACUCAGGGAUCCAUUAUGAGCAGGUUUACUCAACCUUUUAUAAUAGAAAAAUGAAAAUGUGCCUGGAAAGACAUAUAAGAUAUAUAUAUAUAUAUAAUAUAAGGGGUGUAACGAUAUACGUAUUCGUAUUGAACCUUUCGGUACAAGGCUUUCGGUUCGGUACGCAUUACAAACUGAAUGAUUUGUUGGACUAAUCCUAUUACAAAGUAGAAGAGCUUAAAGUGUGUGAAAUAUAAUGUUGUCAGCGCCACUGUGUUCAACAAGGCAGCCCAAACAACGUAACAGGUGAUGUCUGCCCGUCCCAUCCCCAAAGAAAAACACUACUCCAGUAGGGUUGUUGUGACGGUGAGGUGAGGUAACGUUAGUUUGUUAGAGUUUUCCCUUUUUUCCUCGCUUUUAUUCGCUUUUAAAUUGAAAGUAAUAAUUAGCGGCAAUUCAGCGAUGAUUGAAUAAAUACUAACAAAACAGUACGACAAACUCACUUACUGUAUAUUAAACAUAGAAUGUUUAAUUUAUUAACAAAAUACACCAUGCUAUAGGCCUAAUAUAAAAUAACAAAUAUCUUACACAAAGUUUAAAUUAAAUUAGGGCUGUCAAAAUUAAGUCUUAAUGGGUUGCGUUUCAGUCACUAUUUCAUAUUCAUCCCAUUAUCUGACAAGAGAAACAGUAAAAUAUAUAAAUGAAAACAGUUUUAUUGAGAAAGUACAGUAUGUGGGCACAGAGAGGCAAACAAAUAUAGGCUAAUAAUAAAUGUACAUUUUGCAGUUCAGAAGUGAGCUGCCCUGUCAUGUGAAAAUGUAAACAGGUUUGUGUCAGUAAAUUGCUCAGUGCAAAGAAAGAGAAGUAAUGGGAACCUGGUAUUUCUAUGAUCUUUUUUCAUGUGUCUAAUAGACAUGAACAAGUUCUUUCAAAAACUUCUAUGACCUAUGAAACAUGUCUAGUCUUCAUGCUGUAUGUUGACUAUGGUUUCACUAAUAAUAAACAAAUAUUGCAUAAAGCAUCCAUAUUUGUCCAUGCCCAUGUUGAUUAGAGUUUUAAAAACUUGAAAAGUAUUAAUUUAAGGUACAUUUAGAACAAAUAAAAAUAUGCGACUGAGUUGCGAUUAAUUGCGAGUUAACUCAUGACAAUCAUGCGAUUAAUUGAGAUGAAAUAUUUUAAUCGAUUGACAGCCCUAAAUUAAAUAUAAAACACUGAAACUCAGCAAACACGGUGGAACCAAAUAAAUAAGAAACAAAUGUUAAAAAGGCUUCCAAAAUCAUCUUAGAUAAAUGGCAAAAGUCAAAAGGCCUUCGAAAGUCUACAAUAUUUUUAAAACAGGCUCUUUUUUAUUUCAUUUCGAAACUAAAUAUUUUGCCAAAUUCUUGUCUUUCUCAACUCACUCGUCAGCUCGACUCACUCUCCUCACGUGAUAUAAAUGAAAUCCGACUCCUGCCGCUGAUCUGAGAUAUGACUGUUGUUCGGCACACUGCAUUGUUCAAAGAAAAAAAAAAGAUCAUACUUUAUGAUUUUAGUUGUAAUAAAUAAAAACAAUUGUAAAAAUCAAGGAAUCAAGGAACCGUUAUACCCCUUAUUUUUAUAUAUACAGUCAUAGCCAAAUGUAUUGGCACCCUUGGUAAAUAUGAGCGAAGAAGGCUAUGAAAAUAAAUAUGCAAUAUUUAUCCAUUUGAACUUUCAGUUAAAAAAUCUAAUCUUUCAUUGAAAAUAAGGGGGAAUCUCAUUAUGAAAUGUUUUUCUCCAAUACACUUUGGCAACAGUUAUUGGCACCCUUUUAUUCAGUAAUUUCUGCAACCUGCGUUUGCCAAGAUAACAGCUCUGAGUUUUUCUCCUAUAAUGCCUGAAGAGUUUGGAGAACACCUGACAAGAGAUCAGAGACCAUUCCUUCAUACAGAAUCUCUCCAAAUCCUUCAGAUUCCCAGCUCCAUGUUGGUGCUUCUUCUCUUCAGUUCACUCCACUCCUUUUCUAUAGGUUUCAGGUCAGGGAACUGAGAACCAGUGAAACAUUCUUGCUUAGUGACCCAUUUUUGUGUUGAUUUAGAAUUUUUUUUGUCCUGAUGCAAGAUCCAACCGGUGCCAAUAAUUCUGACCAUGACUCUAUAUAUAUAUAUAU